AUGUCUUCUCAAAUCUACUCCAGAUAUGUCCCACCAGCAAAGAAACAAAAAAUCUCUGCCAUUGCACCAACCGAUAUCAUCCAAAGCGCAUCUCCCGCACCCACCAAAACAGCCCCACCAUCCAUUAAAAACGAUGCCUCCUCGACAUAUGCCCGAUAUGUCCCCCCCUCCAAGGCGAAACCUCAGGCGGCUAUUGUAGAUGAGACCAUUUCUAUGCCAAUCAUUGGCUCUCACCCGUCAAAGAGAAACCAUGAAGAAGUCGAAGCAGCCAACACUGCUCCAAUUCCAAAGAAAUCGAAAAAGGAAAAGUUGAAGAGUGUCGAUGUUGGCGUUGUUGCAAAUGCUGCCGGUUCUGAGAUCAAAUCGAAGAAGCUCAAGUCGAAAACAAAGGAUAAUGGAAAAGAGAAGGAAAAGGUAUCAAAGGACGGAGGUUCCAAGGAAAAGAAACCGGCAGUUACAGAGGAUGAUGAUGAAGAGGACUCGAGGCAUAAAAAGUUGAUGCGGAAACGUGAAAAGUCGCUGAGAAAGGCAGAGAAGCUUGCUAAGCAGGAGGAGGAGGAAAAGGCUGCUACUCAGCCAGAAGAUGCUGUCCAAGAAGAGGAGGAGAUAUAUGACUUGGGACCAUUACCCCAACCUGACCCAAUACCUGAACCCCUACCCCAAUCAGCCUCAGCCGCAUUGCCUACCUGGAUAUCGACGCCAAUUCGGGUCUCAUCUACAGCAACAGCACAGUUCUUGGAUAUUGGAGUUCCAAAGGAAGCAGUUCCCAUACUUUCCUCGAAAGGCUUUGCUGAGGCUUUCGCCGUGCAAUCCGCAGUCCUUCCACUUCUUCUCCCGGGGUCUUCCCAACAACUUGGAGAUGUUCUAGUAUCAGCUGCAACCGGUUCUGGAAAGACUUUGGCAUAUGUCCUGCCAAUGAUUGAAGAUAUUAGCAAGAAUAUGACUACGAGGCUCCGCGGGUUGAUCGUUAUGCCAACCAGAGAACUGGUGAUCCAAGCGCGUGAGGUCUCGGAGACAUGUGCUUCUGCUUUCACUGCUGGCUCAAGAAGACGCGUAAAGAUCGGAACAGCUGUAGGAAGUGAAAACUUCAAGUCGGAACAACCUUCCAUAAUGGAACAAGAACUCGUUUUUGAUCCAGAACAAUACCGAGAAAAUCAGAAGCGUCUCAAUUCAAAGUGGGAGACAUCCGACCAAGAGAGUGAUGGAGAAGAUGAACCUCUAUACACCGAAGAGAGUGUUUCGCUGUUGGAAGACCAUGUACUGCGACCGGUGCCCAAAGUGGACAUAUUAAUUUGUACUCCUGGUCGACUCGUUGAGCACAUGAAAUCAACGCCUGGUUUCUCUCUUCAGUAUCUCAACUGGCUGGUUGUGGAUGAAGCAGAUAAACUACUUGACCAAAGUUUCCAGCAAUGGUUACCUGUUGUAAUGGGAGCUUUGCAAAAAGAACGACGCACCUUGCAGCGGAGAGCCAGUCAUAUUAGAAAGGUCAUUCUCAGUGCUACGCUGACGAGAGAUAUUGGUCAGUUGAGUGGUCUGAGACUUUAUAGACCUAAGUUGGUCGUCCUCGAAGGCACUUCGUCCGAUGUGUCUAUGGAGGACAGCCAGGUUCCUCAUGGUCACAUUCUUCCUUCGCUGCUUGUUGAAGCUGGAAUCAAGGUUGAAGACGAAGGCAUCAAGCCCCUAUACUUACUAGAGAUUCUCAGACGCGAAGAUUUAAUCACUAAAGUAACUGCCUCAGCCGAUGACGACGAUUCUGAUUCUGAUUCUCCAUCGGAAGAUUCCUCCGAUUUAUCUUCAGACUCUUCAUCAGACGCCUCAUCAGAUGCCGACAGUUCAGAUGGAGAGAGUGCGCAAAAAGAAAGGCCCGCCAUUUCUGCUCCCCUCUCGCAGUCAGUUCCAAGCAAUGUUACAUCGCCUCCUGGCCGAGGUGUUCUUGUAUUCACAAAGUCAAACGAGACAGCCAUCCGUCUGGGCCGUCUUCUCGCUCUCCUAGAACCUAAAUCCUCACCCACGAUCGCAACCCUCACAUCUACUACAAGAAGCUCAACCAGACGAACAACCAUCAAAGCAUUCGAAAACCGCAAAAUUUCAAUUCUCAUUGCGUCAGAUCUCGUGUCCCGUGGUCUUGAUCUUCCAAAUCUAGGUCACGUCAUAAAUUACGAUAUUCCUACCAGUGUUGCAAGUUAUGUGCACCGAGUGGGUAGAACGGCAAGAGCUGGGAAAGAGGGACACGCAUGGACUUUCUUUACACCAAGUGAAGCCUGGUGGUUUUGGAAUGAGAUUGGGCGGUCUGGAGCCGUGGAGAGGAAGGCUAAUACGAAGGUGGGGAGGGUCAAUAUCAAUGCCGCUCAGUUUGAUGAGAGUCAAAGAGAUAGGUAUGAGGCUGCUUUGGAGACAUUGAGAUUGGAGACUAGUACAGUGACGGGCAAGAAGUCUGACAAGUAA